UUGUGAGGCGCCGGGCGGCGGCGGCGGCCUGGGGCAGCGGGGGGGCUCCGGGUCUGGCGGGAAGAGCUUCCAGCACCGGGCUGCCCUCGCCGUCCCUCGCUGUCCCAGUCGGGCCCUUCGCGCCGUUGAUCUGGUAUUGUAACUGCCCGAGUGGAACGAGGCGUUGGCUGGAAGCAAGCAGUGGUGAGAACAUGGCGGUUGCUUGAGGAUGUCCCUGUCAGCCCUCGCCACUGCAGCACGGGCGUUUGGUUCUUGUUGUGUUACAAAGCAGCGAUGAUCAGUCUGUGAAAUGAGUGGGAAUUGUGAUUACAGCUGUUCAAGUAGUCCUGUAACCUUCAAGUAGCUCUUAACUGGCAAAAUGACUUUAUAAACUCUGGUGAUUAUUCUGUGUUGUUCAAUCCGCAGCUCGGAACUUUGCAAGCAAGUUAAAUCAAUAGUACUAGUGCAGCUGUGGCUUUCAAGAAACUCACCAUACUCCUGUCUUUGAGAAAUGGUUUUCAACUUUUCCACGUGAUUAAAUCUAGACACCUAAAAAUCUCCUAGUAAAGACGGAGAUCUCCAUGUAGCAAAAGUAAAACUACUGACAACUUCUGUUGUCGUGGUUUCGAUGGACCUCUUAGAGAUUAUGGGGGAAGAAAUCUUUACAUGAGACAGUAAACGUUCUGAAAGAAAAUACACAUUGAGACAAUACGGUAGUUAUGGCAAAGGAUAAGAAGAAAAAUGGCAAGAAGGCAGAAAAAUCUGUACGUCCUCCUAUCCCUGCACAAGAUACUACAGCUGAGAGUAGUUCAACGAAGCUGACAGAUUUGCAGACCUUAAUGAAUGGAGUGGAAGAAACACAGGCAAAUCCAGUGAUAACGGAUAAAGAACCAGAGGUGGUAGAGGAACCUCCAGUCCAAGAUGUUCCUCAAUACUAUGAGGAGCCUAUUCUUACUCAAGUUAUUGUGAAAAGCUAUGAAGGUGAAAAAGUCCAUGGAUUGUAUGAGGGUGAAGGAUUUGCAUAUUUUGAGGGGGGAAAUACAUAUAAGGGCAUGUUUUCUGAAGGGCUUAUGCAUGGACAAGGGACUUACACAUGGACUGAUGGAGUGAAGUAUGAGGGAACAUUUGUUAAGAAUGUGCAGAUGUUUAAUGGCCGUUAUACAUGGAAUGAUGGCAGCAUUUAUGAAGGAUCAAUCAAGAAUGGAGUUAGGCAUGGAUUUGGAUUUUUCAGGAGCGGUACUUGUCCUGUUUCUUACAUUGGCUAUUGGUGUAAAGGCAAAAGACAUGGAAAGGGUACCAUGUAUUAUGAUCAGGAACAUACCUCUUGGUAUUCAGGCGACUGGGUAAAUAAUGUCAAAGAAGGAUGGGGAAUGAGAUGUUAUAAGUCUGGAAAUAUCUAUGAAGGUCAGUGGGAGAAAAAUGUACGUCAUGGAAAAGGAAGAAUGAGAUGGUUGACAGUUAAUCAAGAGUAUAUGGGACAGUGGGUGUAUGGCAUACAGCAUGGAUAUGGCACCCACAUAUGGUUUUUGAAGAGGAUGCCUGCAUCUCAGUAUCCUUUAAGGAAUGAAUACAUAGGUGAUUUUGUAAAUGGGGAACGACAUGGACAUGGGAAGUUCGUGUAUGCCAGUGGAGCAGUGUACGAUGGUGAAUGGGUUUGUAAUAAGAAGCAUGGCAAGGGCAAGUUUGUCUCCAAGAAUGGUCAUGUUUAUGAAGGAGAGUUCGCAGAUGAUCAUAUAGUAGAAUAUCCUGCUUUUCAAGCAGAUGCAAUGAGUGCAAAAGAGCUGAAUGCCAUUUGCACAGGAAGUAAUUUUGGCACUGAAAAUAUCGCCAUCAUUAAUGGUUUAGAAAAUACUUCUAUUCUGGGAUCAAAUAUUGAAUUGGAUAUAUCUUCACUGCUUGACUUGUUGCCAAGGGAAGACAGACAUGAAGAACUGAAACAAGUAGAAUUUGCUGUGUUGAGGCAUAUUACAGAACUGAGAAGAGUUUACACCUUCUACAGUGGCUUAGGCUGUGAUCAUUCUCUUGACAACACCUUCCUCAUGACUAAGCUCCAAUUUUGGAGAUUUCUGAAGGACUGCCACUUUCAUCACUCCAACAUAACUCUUGCCGAAAUGGAUCGGAUAUUGAGCGGUGAUAAAACACCACUUGAGGAGAUACAUUGUCCACAUGAGACUUUACUGUUCAGAACAUUUUUGUCUUACCUUAUUCGUCUAGCAUUUCAUAUCUAUCAUGAAGAGCACAAAGAGAAAGGUCCUUAUCUGCAUAAGUGUUUCUUAGAAAUGAUGUCCAGGAAUGUUAUUCCCACCGCCUGUUGUAUCCAAGGUAUCUUAUUUUCUGAAGAACGAUGUACAGUUUUUGCCAUGAGCUACAUUGACAAAUGUUGGGAAAUAUACAGAGCUCUUUGUAGACCGAGUACCAGACCUCCAUUUGAACCCACGAUGAAAAUGAGGCACUUCCUUUGGAUGUUGAACGAUUUUAAACUUCUCAGCAAACAAUUAACUGCUUCAAAACUUGUGGAAAUACUUGUCAAAGAUGGUCCCUCUCUACAUGAUAGCAGUAGUACCAACCUGGAGCCAGAGUUGGUUUUUCUUGAAUUUGUUGAAGCUCUUCUUGAUUGUGCAUUGGUGUAUGUUACCAGUGAUAUGAUUAAAGAGCAAGUAGCUCGUGAUAAUCAGAAGAGAAGUAGCUUUAGAAUCGAGGGCCUCUCCGAGGGAACCACAGAUGUGUCUCUGUACCCAGAAUAUUCUCUGUCCCAGUGCACGUACAGAAGUAUAAUUGGUGCAGACAUAAACGAUGACAUUUCUGAGGCAGCUGAGCUUUACACUUGCUCAUGGUUGUCUUCAAGUGAAAGUGUCAUAUCACAAGAUGAAAUAGAGAAACAUGAGCCACUGAGACCUUGUGAAGACAGAGGGCAUCCUCUUCAAGAAUUUCUACUGGUAUCAGAUACUGUCCUCUCAUUUCACACAACUCAUGGAGAUACCAAAGAUGUUCUGUCAUUGUUCAGCUGGAACGCACAAAAAGAACAAGAUUUCUGUCCUGCAAAGGAAUUGACAGAUGAACCAAAAGAAGCCAAAACUGAACGAGAUGAGGAAUUUAGUCUGUGGCUGUGUCGGGUGCAAAUCUUUUUUACAACCAAGUUCUUUCCUGCCUACCACCAUGAAAAAGUGGUGAGGGAAAAAAUAAAAGAAAAUCAAAUACAGGAUGCUGAAUUAACUGAGCUGAGAAAGAUCAAGGAUGAGGAGCUGGCAAAACUUAUUGCUGGAAGAGAAGCAGAAGAGGCAAAAAGGCAAGAAGCAGCUGCAGCAGAAAAAACAUUUGACUCCAAGCAUGCAGACUUUAAGGAGUUAGAGGAGCCUGUCACACAGUUAGUAUCCCCUCCAGAGGCACCCAUUGUAGGACCCCCAGUUGUUACAAAGGUGCCUGCUGGCAAAAAGAGAAAGAAGAAAUAAAUCUAAUGAGAACUACUGAAGCUUCAAGUAAGUAAGUACUCUUUGAAUAAGAGAAAAAAAAAAAAACCACCAACAAAAGAGCCACACUUGCAGUAAGGUCUAAAAUACAAAUAUGAUAAAACUGUAUCCACAAGACUUGCUGGUGUCAGAGGGAAACUGUCUGCUCUUAAACCAAGGGUCUUGGGAAAGAGAAUAUAGUCAUGUAAAUGAGUAUAAUAACCCUUUAAACAAAACUAUUCCAGAAGUCACUAUUUGAGUUGUACCUAAAAAUUCCCUCAGUGUUAAACUGAUACAAUCAUGACAAGAUAUCAGUUCUUAUAUGUCCCAAUGAAAUGGUUUCUGCUUAAACAUGGUUUAUUUGACUGAAAUACUGCAUAUAAACAAGUAUGUAAGAAUUGGACAAUGACUUUAAAUUGGGCUGAAGCAGGAGCUGCAAAGAACAGGUCAACCUAGGAUGUUCUUUGUUGAGGGGUCUUUGGUAACCAGUCUAGUUUCACAUUGUAGAA